AAGAAUUCAACUGUAGAGAGAGGGUGUUUCUUUGGGCUUUCGAAGGCGCUACUUCGAUAAUUGCAGUUGUAUUUAAACUGGUUUAAAUCGCAAUAUUGUGGUCAUCUGUAGACAAUGGCGGGGUUAGGAGUGAUAAUAAUGAUGGUGUGUCUUGUCGGCCUGGUGAAUUCUCAAGAUGAUGCUCAGAUGGGGGGGCAAGAACAAGUAGUUAGUGACUGCCCAGCGAUAGAGGGUAACAAUGAAGUAUUGGGUCGAUGUAUUGAUGAAUGCCAGACUGACACCAACUGUACGUUAUCUUCUCAUAAAUGCUGUUUCAAUGGAUGUGGAUAUUUCUGCACAGAGGUUCUUAUUCCCACAUCAUCAGCUGCUCCCUGCCCAGAGGUUCUUUGUAGAAUUGGUUGUCCAUUUGGCUAUCAGCAAGAUGUAAAUGGUUGUAGUGUCUGUGCAUGCAACGAACAAACAGUGAUCCAUGAUGGAUUGUGCCCAUCGGUCGAUGAGGAUACAGUUGGUAUUUGCAUUGAGAGUUGUCAACAUGAUGGUAACUGCACAGAGACUCAGAAAUGCUGCACUAAUGGCUGUGGACAUCAGUGUGUACAAGCUGUGUUGCCAGAACAAGAUGAAGGUACUAAGAUGGGUGAUUGUCCCAUCCCUGAUCGUGAUGUGAUUGGACUUUGCUUAGAGGAAUGCUCUGUCGACAGGGACUGCAGUGGUGAUCUUAAAUGCUGCUCUAAUGGUUGUGGACAUCAAUGCAUUGAAGCAGUCCAAGAAAGACCAGUAAUCCAUGCUGGUGAUUGCCCAUUGAUUGACGAUGGUGUCUUUGGUGUUUGUAGUGAGAGUUGUCACCAUGAUGGUAACUGCACAGAGACUCAGAAAUGCUGUUCCAAUGGAUGUGGACACUCCUGCAUGGAAGUGGUGCAACCAGUCGUAUGUGCAGAAAUAAUGUGUGCUAUUUACUGUGAGUUUGGAUACCAGCAAACCCAAGAUGGAUGUGACACGUGUAGUUGUCUAGAAGACACAGACCCUGAUCUAAGCGGGUGUCCGAUAGUCAAUGCUGAUGUAUUUGGUCUCUGUGUGGAGGAUUGUAGAAUCCAUUCGGACUGUAAUGAGUUUCACAUUUGUUGUCCUAAUGGAUGUGGUCAUCAGUGCAUGGUACCAAGUAAUGCGAUAAAGGAAGGAAGUUGUCCAAUAAUUGAAGAUGGUAUGAUGGGACUAUGUGUUGAAAGCUGUUCAUCUGAUGGUGAAUGUAACAAUGAUAUGAAAUGCUGCUCCAAUGGGUGUGGUCAUACCUGCGUCAAAGUCGUAUGUGCAGAGAUAAUGUGUGCUAUUUACUGUGAGUUUGGAUACCAGCAAACCCAAGAUGGAUGUGACACGUGUAGUUGUGUAGAAGACAGAAUGGUGAAGGAAGGCAGUUGUCCAGUACUUGAAGAUGGUAUGAUUGGACUAUGUGUUGAAAGCUGUUCAUCUGAUGGUGAAUGUAACAAUGAUAUGAAAUGCUGCUCCAAUGGGUGUGGUCAUACCUGCGUUCAACCAGUCAAAGUCGUAUGUGCAGAGAUAAUGUGUGCUAUUUACUGUGAGUUUGGAUACCAGCAAAACCAAGAUGGAUGUGACACAUGUAGUUGUCUAGAAGACACAACGGUAAAGGAAGGCAGUUGUCCAGUACUUGAAGAUGGUAUGAUGGGACUAUGUGUUGAAAGCUGUUCAUCUGAUGGUGAAUGUAACAAUGAUAUGAAAUGCUGCUCCAAUGGGUGUGGUCAUACCUGCGUUCAACCAGUCAAAGUGCUUAAACCAGGUCGUUGCCCUGCAGUGAUCACCAACUACCUUGGGUUUUGUGUUGAAGAAUGCUUUAAUGAUAAUAGUUGCACUGACUCCAUGAAAUGCUGCUCUAAUGGGUGUGGUCAUAGCUGUCAACAGCCAGUCAAAGUCAUAAAGCCUGGUACGUGCCCUGUAUUUCCCCAGAGUGACAUCCCACCUUGUAAGGAUGAAUGCUAUGAUGAUGGAGACUGUGCCGACAGCUGGAAAUGCUGCCAGCUGGGAUGUGGACAUACAUGUGCCAAGCCUUUAGUGCAAGACUUGAAACAGCAGCAGUCUGUUCAAGAGUUGAAUGGGGCCCCCUACUUGAUGAUGUCAUCACUUCUGAUCCUCGCUACUGCAAUUACAACGACUAUGUUGCUGAUGUAGACCUCAGUGAAGGAGAGAACAGACUCUUGUUUCAAUCAUAAUAUAACAGGGCCCAACUUCCUAGCGCUGCUUAACGGUAAGCAAAUUUCCGUGCUUACUGUAGUGGACAAAUUUGCUGAGGUGCAAUCGUAUGUCGCAGGUUAGCAGAAAAAGUAGCGGCCAUAUUGUGCGUUGACAAUGGAUUUGCAUUGUGACAUCAUUUGUUUUCAUACAGUAAGCACCAGAAGGUUAGCAUCACUUUUCGUGUGCUUAUGG